UCAAUAUUAAUGAGACGCAGUUGUGAGACUCCAGUACGCAUGCCCUCCCCGCGCGACACUGCUGCUUCCAACAACAAGCAAGAAGCCAGCAACAUGGCCGACCUAGGAAAGAAGUACUGCGUAAACUGCCUUGCAGACGUUACGAAUCUGAGACUUCGCUGUACUGACUGCCCAGAUAUCGAACUGUGUCCGGAAUGCUUCUCCGCGGGUGCAGAAAUCGGUAAUCAUCGGCGAUGGCACGGUUAUCAGCAAGUCGACGGCGGGCGCUUCACACUCUGGGGUCCCGAAGCGGAGGGAGGAUGGACUAGCAGGGAAGAGCAGUCGCUACUAGAUGCGAUCGAGCAAUAUGGCUUUGGAAACUGGGAGGACAUGGCCACUCACGUGGGGGCGUCUCGGACCCCCCAGGAAGUCAUGGACCACUACGUCAGAAUGUACAUUCACGGCAACCUGGGCAAGGCCUGCGUCCCCGAAAGUAUCCCCAACCGGGUAACAGACCACACCUGCCCCAGCGGUGCCCCCCUGUCCCCCAGCCUCACCACCCCCCUGCCUCCGCUGGACGUGACCCUGGGCGAGCAGCAGCAGCUGGGCUAUAUGCCCCUUCGCGACGACUAUGAAAUCGAGUAUGACCAGGAGGCAGAGAAGCUCAUCAGCGGCCUGUCAGUCAACUACGACGAUGAAGACGUGGAGAUUGAAAUGAAGCGGGCGCACGUGGACAUGUACGUGCGCAAGCUGCGGGAGCGUCAGCGCCGCAAGAAUGUGGCCCGCGACUACAACCUGGUGCCCGUCUUCCUUGGGCGAGAUAAGAAGGACAAGGAGAAGCCAGGCACGCUGGGAGUUGUAGGUGGCGGGGGUAGUGUUGGCGCCGUCGGAGUGGGAGGAGGAGUAGUGGGGACCCUUCUGAUGCUGACCAAUCCCAUUGUGACGCCGGGAGCUGCAGCCGUUCCUACAGUGCCAAAGCGUAAGAUCACCAAGGAGGAGAAGGAGCAGCGGGUCAAGUUACGGGGAAUGUGCCAGUUCAUGGCUCUGCGGGAGUUUGAGGACUUCUUUGACAACAUGCACAAGGAGCGCGUGCUGCGCGUCAAGGUACGAGAGCUGCAACGAUACCGCCGCAACGGCAUCGCGCGACUGGACGAGUCGGCCGAGUACGAGUCGGCGCGGCACAAACGGGAGAAACGCAAGGAGAACAAGAGUGUGGCUACCUCCAAAACAGGCCGAGGCGGCGGGCUCGGCACUGGGGGAGGAGGGGGAGGGCUUGGAGGAGGGGCGGGAGGUGGAGGAGUGGGCGGUGGCGCCAUCAAAGAGGAGGGCAAGGAAGGCGAGUUUGCGGCCAUUGAGAACCUGUCCGGCUUUGAACUGCUGUCGGACCGGGAGAAGGUGCUGUGUAACACACUCAACCUCAGCCCCACGCGCUACCUGACCGUCAAGACCAUCAUCAUCAAGGACCACCUUCAGAAGCGCCAGGGCAUCACCUCCAAGAGCCGCCUGCCAGGCUACCUGGACAAGGUGCUCAAGAAACGCAUCCUCAGCUUCCUCACAGAGAGCGGCUGGAUAUCCCGAGACAUGUCCUAACAGUCCAUCGGGUUUGUAGGAACUGGACCUGGGAAGUGUCCUAACAAUGUGUGUAUGGAGUUUGUGGGGACUGAGGAUUACAGAAGGAUCAUGACUCUGUUCUCCGUUGGAUUGUUGCGUCUCCGUGUGUCUUGUUAGAAACAAUGUGAGAUUUGCACUCGUAAGCUCCACAUAGACCAAACUAUUGGGUUUUACCACCUUUUGUCUCGUUUUGUCCAACGUCAUCGACCACAGGACUGUUUGUGAAUAUGUACAUUGCAAAGAAUAAGGAUUUCCACUUUCUUAAAAAAAAAAAGUUUGGAUACCAUUUACAGGGGAGGGAUGAACAGAUAUAUAUUUUUGCAUUUGAAUCCAUAUGAAUGAUAAUGUAUUCGUAUGGGUAGAUGAUACAGGGUCUUUGUAUUGAAACUCCAGUGAAGGAUCGCCUAAUGCUGCUGGGCAAACCAGACAACACUGUCUUCAAAGCUGUUCUCAAAGUAUAAAUUGUUACGUAUAGUUUGC